ACUAAUCAUUACUUUACGUUAUACAAAAUAUAAAUGAUAAUAUGAUCAUCAUAUGAAGUAUGGACAAAAAAAUACACAAUUAUACUCCACUAUUACAAUCAAUUACAUACGUCAUCAACCUUGUAUAUGUUCCCACGCCUAUAUAAAGGGCAUGCAUGCUCUCAUUCCAAAAACACAACCUCAUAACACACUUCUUCUCUCAAUAUACAUUCUCUCUUUCUCUCCUUUGAAACAUUAUCCUAAAGUUCUUAUAUACUUCAAACAUUAUUCACUUAAAUUUCCAAUAAAUCAUUUCAUUCCAAACACCUCUACUUUUCACUACUACUUAAACCCUAAAAAACAAAAUGCAAUACCAUUUACAAGAACCAUCCUCAUCAUCGUCGUCAUCAUCAUGGGGAUACUCAUACUACAUAGGAGUACCAUCCAUGAACAUGAACAUGAUGAACAUUCGAGAAGCAGCCGACCCGCUCGAGAAAGUGGCGAGGCUAGCAUCCGAGAGUGCGGUGGUAAUAUUCAGUGUGAGCACUUGUUGUAUGUGUCAUGCGGUGAAGCGGCUGUUUUGUGGUAUGGGAGUUAAUCCGACGGUGUAUGAACUCGACGAAGAUCCAAGAGGAAGAGAAAUGGAGAAGGCUUUGAUUAGAUUGCUUGGUACUAAUUAUUCACCACCUGUUCCUGUUGUUUUUAUUGGUGGUAAACUUGUUGGUGCUAUGGAUAGAGUUAUGGCUUCUCAUAUUAAUGGCUCCCUUGUUCCUCUCCUUAAGGAAGCCGGUGCUCUUUGGCUAUGAACUAUAUUCGAUCGAUCAAAUAAUUAGUUUAUUAGCCAAACUCGAAUAGUUCACGAGUAAGUUCGUUAUAUUAGUUGAGAACUCGUAAUUUAAGAUAGACUAAUUAAACUCGUUAUCAUUCCGACUUAUUCAUGAAUUUCAGUAUGAAUAAUUGUAGUAAUAUGACUUGAAUCUAAUUACUUGACUAGCUAGUGGUGGGAAAUUGCGUUGCACACAAUUUUGAAAGCAUGCCACGGUUGUGUGUGUCUUGUGUGUGUUAAUAUAAUUAUGAUUAUAAUUGUAAUUGAACUCAAGAUGGUUUUUGUAAUUUGUGGUAAAAGGUGAAAUGAAAGAUUUAUUGCAA